UAAUAAUGUCCGGGAUAUCCCUUUGUAUAUAGUCAGUCAUUAAGCAGUUGCCAUCCAGAUCGGACGUCCCCACGAGCGAACAACUGGAUGACCUGAUGAAUUAGUGAAGCAUGGAAUAAAUAUAUUUAGGGAAUAUCAUACACACACACACACACAUAACAUCAUUACAGUAUAUACAGUUACAUCUUGGAAAUACCAUAGAUAAACAGAACGCCACCAAAUCUUACGAUUUGAGCAAUGGGUAUUACUGAAUCUAAGUUAAAAAAAUAUCGUUCAAGUCAGGAGAAACAGAUAAAACGACUAGAAAAAAGAAUGGACCAAAUUUUCACAAGAAUGAACAACGGUGAAUUAAGAAUAAAUAAAGUUGAAGAAUCACACAACAAAGUUGUUUCAGCCUUAGAUGAAACGAAGAAAAGAUUUGACGAUCUUCUCGUGCAUAUUACAGUUGAUAGCGAAAGCAAUAAAGAGGGGUGGAAAACAAUGAAAGAAGAGAACAUAAGAAACCAAAAACAUCGAGACCGCAUUGAAAGAAUGCUAUGUACUUUUGGAAAUGAUAGGUCUUCCUUAACUUUAGCUUCACCAACGACAAUAGAUGAAUGGAUCGGCAAAGUUCAAAUAGGAACACUCAUCUCAAUUGUUGAUGAACAGAAAAUAUUAAAAAUUAAGAGAUGCAUUUCUGCUUCACACAUAAAAAUGGUAGGUCGGCAUCUUGGACUACGGGAACAUGACAUUUGUGAAAUAGAGGUUGAUUUGAGGCACCAACUUGCAGCUGAGGCAGCAUACCAGAUGUUAAUUAAAUGGAAAAAUAAAAUGGGACAAAAAGCAACAGUCGGAUGCUUGACAGAAUGUUUAUUUGAAGCUGCCAAAGAAGACCCCAGAAGCAUUAAUGUUGAGUCCUUGACUGAAGCAAUUCUUUUUUAUGACACGACAUGUGUGAACUUGAGGAGGACACAGUCGUUAAAAAGAUUUAGUACAGGAUAAUGAAUUGGAUCACAUGACACGUGAUACUCAAAACGACAGAAAAUAAAUACACAAUCGUUUGAAAGAAGAUCGAUUUUUGUUUUAUCUUACAUUGUACUGAACAAAAUAUAUGUUGUAUAUACGCUUUAUGUUAUGAACUUAUGUAACAGUAUAUAAUUUUACGUCUCUCGUUUUUUUCAAUUAUUUGAUUUGAGUGCAGACCUAAAUUACACAUAUAUAACGGAUAUCCCUUUCUGAAAUGUAUUUUCCAAUACCAGGUAUUUGUUGAACAUGCACCAUGCGGUAUAUAUAAUAGAUAUUCAGAAAAUGUUUCUGUAUUUUUGUGUCCUGCAGUUAAAUGCAUUUUUUUCGUCUUGACAAAGAAGUGUUAUUUUUCGUGCAAUAAUAAAGUAUUUAGCUUUCAUAUGCACUUUUUGUAUGUGGGUCACUUUUAAUGCUUUUUGACCAACAGAAAUAUUUAUAAACCCAACCUGUUAUUUUGCCGCUUACGUGAAAGAUUUUGUAAUUUGCAGUGAAAAUAAUUUUCUCGUGUAUGUAAUACUUUAAAAUGUGCUUUCAGGCAUUGAUUUAGUAUUUGGUUAGAAAAUAUAUAUAUAGCCUGCAUUUAAAUAAAAAAAAAAAGCUUGUAUUUGAAGGAUACACACCAUUUUUGUCUUUAUGAGUCUCUGACUUUCUUUUACUUUUGUGUAGAUUAUGACUUUUGACAUUGUCACAUUUUCAAUGUAAUAUAUCUUACAAUUACUGUAUAGUCAAUUAUAUUUAUAUAUAUGUAUAUGCUCGGAAACGGGCCCUUUAAUUGUAUUUAAUAAAGUUCGUAUUCAUA